AUGAAGUGCACGUUGAACGUAAUGUGCGGCAAGGAGCGUAGCCAGCGUUCCCGCGAAUUGACGGAGAAGCUGACUUCGCGAGAUCAACUUGUCGCCUUCUUAAAAAGCCAGGACCUUCGUUUGGAGGCGGGUGACUUCGAUUUCACCGUGAGCUUAGACGGCGUGGAUGACGCGCGUCAGCUGAAGACCGACGCCGAUGUUCGUCUCUUCUUAGCGCAAGCGAGAACGCUGGGUGAUCGGGCCACCUUUCACAUCCGCCUUCCCAGUGAUUCAGUGGCGCAGCCCGAUGCGGAAAGCUGCAUUCCUGCGGAAUACGCCGUCGAUUUGGAGCUCGCAACUCUUCAGAUCUACGGUCCAGCAGCCGCAGCCGCAUCAGCAGCGGCAUCAGUAGCAUCGGCAGCGUCAUCAGCACCGUCAUCACCUUCCCACGGCGCCGUCUAUCAAGAAAAAAUGUUUGUUGUGCCAACGCGGUUUGUGCUGGAUGGUCUGAUACGUGCCGUGAAGGACACGCUGAACGCUAGCACGCUUAAAAAGAACUCACUGCUGACGCUUUACGCGAUGAGCUCCCAAGACGACGUGGAAGGCGUUGCGUUGAUGGACGACACCGCCGCGCUGGACUUUUUACACCGGCAAGCGAAGCGGCGUGAACCCGCGCGAUUGACCUACAGCGUUGCAGCGGCUCCGUCUCCCUCUGCACGCCAUGUCAGCCCACCGCCAUCACCAUCACCACCACAGCAGCAGCAGCAGCAGCAGCAACAACACAAACAUCAAAACGAAGCGACUGCGUCGACCAGCAAGCCAUCUUCGCCGCCCCCGCCUGUAGAUGGUGUCGCACCGCGUGCCAGCAGAAAAACAAGCGCCAAGCUCCCGCCCCUCCAUGGGAGCGAGGUCCACGCACCUGCCACCACGCCUACGCAGCCCAGCAAUAGCUCGCCACACCCACCAAGAGUCUCCCCGGCCCCCGCCGAGACACCCGACACUCAACGCAGCUCGACACACAUCUCAUUUCCGAGUUCGCCGGCAAGCACUCCUUACCGUGCCUUUCUGCGUGAGCCGACCGUCCCGACGUCGACGGCGGAGGUGCAGGUGGAGGUGCGUCUCGAGGAUAGCCAGACCUUCCAGACCUUUACGUUCUCGUACCUGCGAACGGAGGUGCAGCUGUGCCGGCGGUUCCUCGCAGAGUGCAGCGCGCUCUUUGCCGCUACAACUGGCACUCCGGUGCUGACCCUGUCCAACGACCCCUCUGCCGUGAUUGACGGCGACGGCGUUCUUCGAGAGUUGCUGGCACUGGCGAGGGAGGCCCAGCAGCCACUGCGGACCCGUUUGCGCUUCCGCUCCCCCUCAAAGCCACAUCCGUCUCGGGCCAAUGACAAAACAGCAGCGUUGCCGCAGUGUGCUGCCCCCGUGAAAGACGCGUCAAAUCGGGCUGCGUUGAAGCCUACACCCGGCAGCGGAGCGGAUGUGAACGUGGGAACCGCACCGCACCAACUCAACAGCAAAAGCAAGAGCAGCAACACUGGCGGCAACGCGUCUUCCAGUGUCAAGUCACCGUCUGCCCCUUCACAGCCGCGACUGCCGAGGCUGUCCGUCGGCGGGGGCGAUUCGACGAGCGCCGCGGCCGGCGGCGAGGGCUCCGCAAAGAAGCAGAUUUCCGCUUCCUCACGCACGCGCAACACCGCAUCUUCGCCGCACCCUCCGAAGAAGGAGGCCACAUCAGCAGCGACAAUCGCACAAGCCUCCUCCAAGUCCAGCGCUGCUGCGCCAGCGGGAAUGGAGGACGAAGGCGGCCCUUCGCCGGUAAUGUCAACCACACCAGGGCCCUCCCACUGCUCCACCCCCAUCCCCUCUUCUUCGACUCGGCAACAUCCGUGUUUUUGUGAAGUUGACAGCUGCAGUGGUAGCAGCAGUACGGAGCUGUAUCGCUUCCAGGCCACCAUUCGGUGGGGGACGGCGCAGCGCAUGGCACGCUGCCGUGUGCGGGCAGACCACCUCUACGAUGAUGUGUGUCGCGGAGUUGCCGAUGGUUUUGCCGAUCACCUGACGCAAAGCGCUGCACCGACGCCGGCGUUGACCAUGGCGCUGGUGCACAUGAAGGCCGGCGUAGCAGAAUCGCUGCCGCUCACGGAAACGACGCUCAUCAAAGAUCUCCCCACGGACCUGUGCGUGGAGAGUGCGGAGCUGCGCGUGACAUCUCCUGCCUUACCAGCUUCGCUUCCCACUCCGCCCGGUGAGUCUCCCAACGAUACCGCACUCCCUGCUGGCGACGCAGCUCUUCGGUUUAUCGCCGCCGCAGCUGUGCGCCAACUAGAGUCGGUGAGUUUACCUCUCACGACCACGGAGGUUCACACGCUGGCGCGUUCUUUACUUGGCGAUACGGCCACCGCAGAACCAUUCAAGACCUUUCUGGCACACCUCCAUACCCCGUCGACGCAGGACCUGCUUCCAUCGCCGGCUGACCGAGAGAGAGAUGGUGCGGCGGCCGCCGCGCUGCUGGGUUGGUUGCAACGGGUGCUAGCCGAUCUCCCACUCCCCCCACCGCAGACACAAAUGGUGCUGCAGGAUAUUGCAUCUUCGCUGCUGUGCGCAGAUCUUUGCAAUGCCGACUACACUCUUCUUCACUUCUUCACGGAGGCUGCAGCUGCCUUCGGCCACCAACCAACCGAAGUGACAUCGGCGGCUCUGCGCUCUCUCUUCCAGCUAGCAGAACACACCGCAGCAGGGAAGGACAAGCCUGUCGGAGAGGAGUCGACGACCUCUGCCAACGCCGCCACGCCGACAACCGGGUCUGAAUGGAAAGCGGCCUUUGACAAGGCACCAUCGAUUGUCUUGGAUGUGCUGGCUGCGGCACGCAUUGACGGCGUGUUGACGACCGCACCCGCACACGAAACGAGAGAGUCACCUCUGGGCGAACGAGUGUGGCGAGAGGCGUUUCGCAAGGCGCAGCUGCAGUUCUGCAAGACAAUGGCGCCAACAGAACUGGAGACGUACUUCAGGGGUGAAAAAGUGAGGGGAGCAACGGAGGAUGAGCAGCUCUGCCGAGCUGUUCUGCUGAGUUGCAUGGGGGCCCUGCUCGCACCCGCCUCUUUCAGCGGGGACUACGGGACGUGGCUGGUCAACCAAUUUUGUGGUCGCGUCGGUGCGAUGCUGUACACCAGGAUGGGCGCUUUUGACGGCCGUACCGAACUCUCGCUGCCUGCGCUGACGGUCCUCUCUUGGUCCGUUUUGAAUCCUCGCUUGCUCGCGCGGAUAACAAGUGCUGCCCAACGUGCUCUGCUAGAGCAGCUCGUCGGCUGGGUUCGCGUGGCGGCGGCGCACGCCUGCUAUGUACGUCAGCUCCCUUUCCCGCUAUGCCCGCUCCAUGGCGUGCACGCAUCGCUGCCAUCGCCGCUGUCGAGGGAGUUCAUGCCGCCGCCGCCACCAUCGGAUGCUGGAGGUGUCCCUGAAGGCACGAAGGUGGAGAGAGCCUUAUCUCGGCCUACGAUGGCUGCAGACAGGAAGGCGGCGGACGACGCGCCAGCCGCCCCUCUUACCCCCUCUCCACCUCUGACUCCAUCCCUCACAGGGGGACACCCUGCGUCUCGCAAAACACCGAACAGGAAGGUGCAGUACGUCUACAAGUACAACUUCAACGCGCUGCACCGCCCGCGUUAUUCGGGGAACUGA